AUGUGCACUGUGGGGCCUCUGAAGCGCCCCGCGUGCGAAGCCGUCCCAUCGGUGCUCACGGCUUCCUCCCUCCUGCAGGUCAUGGCGCUGCCCCGGGAGCCCGCAGGAAGCUGGCCGGCCCCGGCCCUGACCUGGACCUUGACCCUGGCUCUGGCCCUCAGCCCGGGGGCGGCCGCGCCCUGGCCCGACUGCACGGGCGCGCAGUGCCCGCCGCUGGAGCACUGCAUCGAGGAGGCGCUGGCGCCGGGCGAGUGCUGCGCGACGUGCGUGCAGCGCGGCUGUCCCUGCGAGGGCUACCAGUACUACGACUGCGUGCGCGGUGGCUUCCCCGACGGCCGCGUGCCCGCCGGCCGCUCCUACCUCGUGGACUUCGGCAGCACCGAGUGCUCGUGCCCGCCCGGCGGCGGCAAGAUCAGCUGCCGCUUCAUGCUGUGCCCAGAGCUGCCCCCCAACUGCAUCGAGGCCGUGGUGGCCGCCGACAGCUGCCCGCAGUGCGGCCGCCUCGGCUGCGUGCACCGCGGCCUCAAGCACCCGGCUGGCCACACGGUGCACCUGGCGCCCUGUCGCGCCUGCCACUGCCCCGACGCCGGCGGCGCGCUCAUCUGCUACCGCCUGCCAGGCUGCGAGGGCAACGCGUCGGAGCCCGAGGACGGCGACACCGAGCGGCACUACGACGACCCCUACAGCUACGACCAGGAGGUGGCCGAGGCGGAGGCCGGCGAGGCGGAGGCCGGGGCGGGAGGUCCCCCAGCGGCCCUGGGUGGCGGGAACCAGGCCCAGGCCACCCCCUGGCCGGCCGCCCUGCCCAGGCCCACCGCAGCCGCCGCUUUGGGGCCCCCUGCGCCCGCGCAAGCCAAAUCCAGGAGAGUGACCGACGACACGGACGACAGAGGGCAGGAGGCCCAGGAGGCCAUCGGGGAGCUGGAGGCGCUGCCCACCGCCGCCCUGGCCGGCCCCGGUCUCCGUGCCCCAGAGGCGGCAGCCGCAGCCCAGUCGGGGAUGGAGGAGAACCUGAUCCCCGAGGCCCAGGCCACCCCGCGUGGCUCUGCGCCCAAGACCAGCGCGUCCCCGGGGUCGGACACUGAAGGCCACAGCCCAGAGCCCACCCCGCCCCGCGCCCCUGGGGACCCCGCAGAGCCCAGCGCGCCCCCACUUCCGGCCACUGAGGCCCCGGAGCAGCCCCAAGCGCCCCCCACCCAGGCUGGGCCCCAGUUCCCGCCGCAGCCGCCCCGAGUCCAGGAGGAGGAGGACGUGGACCCCAACUCCGUGCACUCCAUCCCCAGAGGCAUCCCUGAAGGGUCCACCCGGGAGCUGGUGGAGACGUGCUGUGCGGCCGGGCAGCAGUGGGCCAUCCUCAGGGACGAAUGCACAGGGAUCCCCGAGGGCUCCGAGGGCGACGUCUGCAGGACGGCCCAGAGAUACUGCUGCACGUCCUACCUGAAGGAGAAGAGCUGCCUGGCCGGCGUCCUGGUGGCCAAGGAGGGCGGGCCCUGUGGGGCCGAGGACAAUGACACCUGUGGCGUCUCCCUGUACAAGCAAUGCUGCGACUGCUGCGGCCUGGGGCUCCGCGUAAGGGCCGAGGGCCAGCCCUGCGAGGCCAUCCCCGGCCUGGGCUACCCCUGCAGCCACGCCAUGCUGUCCUGCUGCGAGGGACAGGACCCGCUCGUGCCCGAGGUGCGCCGGCCCCCGGAGCCCGAGGCUGCGCCACGCAGAGUUUCAGAGGAGGACCUGGCGAGCCAGGAGGCCCUGUCCCUGGGCCCAGAGGCGGAGAUGGCCAACAGCCUGCCCGGCGAUGACCAGGACGAGUGCCUGCUGCUGCCCGGGGAGCUGUGCCAGCACCUGUGCGUCAACACGGUGGGCUCCUACCGCUGCGCCUGCUUCCCCGGCUUUGCACUGCAGGACGACGGCCGCACCUGCCGCCCAGACGGAGAGUCCCCGCAGCAGGGGGCUGCCCAGGAGACCCCGCUGAACCCAGAGCCAGCCCAGGAGCCCCCCAACACUAUCCCGCUGCCCCGGCCGCAGCCCAACACCUGCAAAGACAAUGGGCCGUGCCGGCAGGUGUGCCGCGUGGUCGGGGGCACGGCCAUGUGCUCCUGCUUCCCUGGAUACGCCAUCAUGGCGGACGGCGUGUCCUGCGAAGACCAAGACGAGUGCCUGGCGGGCACUCACGAUUGUGGCCGGCGACAGUUCUGUGUGAACACCCUGGGAUCCUUCUCCUGUGUCAAUCACACACUGCUCUGUGCCCAGGGCUUUAUCCUCAACGCGCACAGGAAGUGCGUGGACAUCAACGAGUGUGUGACGGACCUUCAUACGUGCAGCCGGGGCGAGCACUGCGUGAACACCCUGGGCUCCUUCCGCUGCUACAAGGCGCUCACCUGCGAGCCCGGCUUCGCCCUCAAGGACGGCGAGUGCACAGACGUGGACGAGUGUGCGACGGGCACCCACAACUGCCAGGCGGGCUUCUCGUGCCAGAACACCAGGGGCUCCUUCUACUGCCAGGUGCGGCAGCGCUGCAUGGAGGGCUUCCUGCAGGACCCCGAGGGCAACUGCGUGGACAUCAACGAGUGCACGUCGCUGCCGGAGCCCUGCCGCUCGGGCUUCAGCUGUGUCAACACCGUGGGCUCCUACACGUGCCAGAGGCACCCGCUGGUCUGCCGGCGCGGCUACCACGCCAACCAGGACGGGUCGGCCUGUGUGGACGUGGACGAGUGUGAGACGGGGCUGCACCACUGCGGGGACACACAGGUGUGCCACAACCUUCCCGGGUCCCACCGCUGCGACUGCAAGCCGGGCUUCCAGAGGGACGCCUUCGGCCGCUCCUGCAUCGACGUGAACGAGUGCUGGGCCUCGCCGGGCCGCCUGUGCCAGCACACAUGCGAGAACACGCUGGGCUCCUACCGCUGCGCCUGCGCCUCGGGCUUCCUGCUGGCCGCUGACGGCAGGCACUGCGAAGAUGUGAACGAGUGCGAGGCCGGGCGCUGCAGCCAGGAGUGCGCCAACAUCUACGGCUCCUACCAGUGCUACUGCCGCCAGGGCUACCAGCUGGCCGAGGACGGGCACACCUGCACAGACAUCGACGAGUGCGCUCAGGGCGCGGGCAUCCUCUGCACCUUCCGCUGUCUCAAUGUGCCCGGGAGCUACCAGUGCGCCUGCCCGGACCAGGGCUACGCCAUGAUGGCCAACGGGAGGACCUGCAAGGACCUGGACGAAUGUGCCCUGGGCACCCACAACUGCUCCGCGGCCGAGACCUGUUUCAACAUCCAGGGCGGCUUCCGCUGCCUGCGCUUCACGUGUCCCCCCAACUACGUCCAAGUCUCCGAAAUGAGGUGUGAGCGCGCGCACUGCCCGGACCCCGCCGAGUGCCAGGCGUCCCCGGCGCGCAUCACGCACCACCAGCUCAGCCUGCAGACGGGGCUGCUGGUGCCCGCGCACAUCUUCCGCAUCGGGCCCGCGCCGGCCUUCGCGGGGGACACCAUCUCGCUGACCAUCACCCGGGGCAACGAGGAGGGCUACUUCAUCACGCGCCGCCUCAACGCCUACACGGGGGUGGUGACCCUGCAGCGCCCGGUGCUGGAGCCGCGCGACUUCGCCCUGGACGUGGAGAUGAAGCUGUGGCGCCAGGGCUCCGUCACCACCUUCCUGGUCAAGAUGCACAUCUUCUUCACCACCCUGGGCCCCUGAGCCCUGCUGCCUGCGCCACCUGC